AUGAUGGCCACGUCGGCAUUCCGCAGUGCCAGCGCCCCGUUGAGGGUAGCUACACGAACUGUGGCCCGCAAAACCACCACACGUGCCGCCUCCUCCAGCUCAUCCACCGCCUCAUCUCCCCCCUUUUGGCUCACAGCAGGUUCAAGCGCUGCGACGGUGGCUGCCGUAGGUUCCAUCGCCUGGUAUUAUCAUUUAUUCGGCCAAGAGGUUUUUGCCAUGACGCCUGCCGAGGAAGGUCUUCAUGCAACACAAUACCCCUGGGAACAUCAGAAAUGGACAAAAACAUUCGACCACGCCGGAUUACGAAGAGGUUUCCAGGUCUACCAAGAAGUCUGUGCUGCUUGCCAUUCGCUCAAACGUAUCCCAUAUCGGUCGUUGGUCGGAAAUAUCAUGACUGUCGAUGAAGCCAAAGCUCUAGCUGAAGAAAACGAAUUCGAUACCGAGCCCAACGACGAGGGUGAAAUCGAGAAACGACCCGGAAAGCUUUCAGAUUAUCUCCCAGCACCAUACAAGAACGACGAAGCCGCGCGAGCUGCCAACAAUGGCGCCCUUCCUCCGGAUCUCUCCCUGAUUGUCAAGGCUCGACACGGUGGUUGCAACUACAUCUUCAGUCUGCUUACUGGUUAUCCCGAGGAACCUCCUGCCGGUGCUCAAGUUCAAUCUGGUCUUAACUUCAACCCAUACUUCCCUGGAACCGGUAUUGCAAUGGCCCGUGUGCUGUACGACGGAUUGGUCGAAUAUGAAGACAAGACCCCUGCUACAUCGUCUCAAAUGGCCAAGGACGUGGUUGAAUUCCUGAAUUGGGCCGCCGAACCCGAGAUGGACGAGCGCAAGAAGAUGGGUAUGAAGGUUCUGAUCAUUUCCGCUGCUUUGUUCGCCAUCAGCGGUUGGGUCAAGCGAUAUAAAUGGGCAGCAGUCAAGACGAGAAAGAUUGUCUACAAUCCUCCUGUACAAGGCCGAAUCCGAAGAUGA